GAAAAACUCUUCAAAAUUUCAGUAUUUUCAGUUCUAUCAUAAUUUUCAUAAAAUCCAUCCAUGUAAAUUAAGAACUCUCCACCUAAAUACCCGUCUGAACGCAAAAGCAAACUUUUAAACCUGAAUAGUAGACUGUAUUUCAUAAUAUUUCAACCCUAGAUAAAUGUCACUAUCACGCGAGUUCUGAUAACAUCGCUAAGUUUAUAUCUCUAUCGACAUGGUGCAAGGCCACUUCAGUGUUCUAGAGUAGCCUGCCGAGAGCGGCUGCUUGUCGCGAGCUCUGCAUAAAGUAUUAAAUAUUGUGAUUUAUUAUUAUAUUUGAGUUCCGAUACGCCGGUAACCUUGUACGCUAUUUGGAAGGUUUUCUUGUGAUCUCUUUUCCCCCCCGUCGGUCACGAUGUUGAGAACUGCGUCGAAGGUGACGAUAAACACGGGCAAUGUCCUCAACUUAAUUGAUAUCAAGAAGAAGGCGGGACAAAAUGCUACUGAAGAGCUUUCAGAGAGCAUCAAGCUCACCCUAUCGGAGUGGAGCAACGAGCACCCGUCAGCCAAUCCGCAGCCGCUGCAGAAUGGCGCCACCAACCACCAGGUGACAGACUUCGUGGUGACAACUCCUCAACCAUCAGCCACCGUAGUCAACAUCACGCGGCCCCACGAUGACGUGCAGAACAAGAUGGCUGAAGAGGAACGGAAGAACCUGAAGAUUGGAGUGAAGAUCUUCAUCAAUGAGGAUAGCACGCAGGCGCUGAAUGAGUGCUUGGAGAAUGUGUUCACGGCGCUGCACACAGACUACAUCGACAACGUGACGCUAGCGUACAACCCGCCGUCUCUGGGCACCGCGGCGGCGGCGGCGGAGGGCAAGGAGCGGGCCAGUUACAGCACCAAGGCGUCGCCCAUCUCCGUGUCCAACGUGCGCACAACAACCACGUCAGAGUCUGAGUCUGAGAACGAGGCGGACCUGCAGAAGUGCGAGAAGAUCCUGCCCGGGAUCAAGGUGUUGUGGGCCGUGCUAGAGGACUAUGUUAAAGAUGGUCGAGUCCUCCAACUAGGCAUAGCGGACGUGGGCGGCAGUUGCCUCAUGAAGCUGCACGGCUGGGCGCGCGUGCGGCCCGCCAUAGCUCAGAUCAACCUCGCGGCUUGUUGCGUCGUACCGCCCGCGUUACACGCGUUCUGUAAGGAGAAUGACGUGCAGUUGCUGACGCAUAUCGACCCGCCAGAUCUACUCUCCAUAGCAGCAGUGAAGACGCUGAGCGACGGCGGCGUGUCCUGCAACGCUCUGGACUGGUGCGCUCGCUACCAAGUCCACAUCAAGUGCAGGGGAGUGCUGGCGUUGAAGGGCUACGUGUGUAAGGCCACGCUGGCUGGUAGGGAGGUUGUUGUUAGCUAGAAAGGACCUUUUUUGGGUUGGGGUGUUCAAUGUCCAGAAUAUAAGCCCUGUGAAUUGCUAUUGCGCUGGAACUAAUAGGAUAAACUAGUUUAAUGCGCCCUCCACCAAUCACUGCGCCGUAUUUAUGGAGAAUCGCGAUAUAGUUGCGUUUAUCUACGACGAUAACGAACCCGGGUAGACACUUCUGAAAGUGAAAAGUAGUGAUAACAUAAUGUUUUUUGACGUAAUAUGACGCGCGAGCUGUCGAAAAACAGAACGGCGCAAUAACAUUUUACGGGGCUGAUAUGUGUGGCCUACGGUCAACCGUAUACAUGCAAAAAUAUCGGCAAAAUUAAUUGACAAUAAUAUGCAAUAAGAAAGGAAAAUAGGGAUUAAUUGAUCAAUACCACAUUACGGUCCGUAAACAUACAGUAAUGUGGUCAAUAUGGGAAUUAUUGACAAUAUUAUUGCGAGUGCGCGGUAGGCCUUUGAGAAGGUUGCAUCUCUUUGACAUUUUAGGCUGCAUAUCCAGUACGUAAAGUGUUUGCAGCCGCUGAGUUCACGGCGUAUCGAUUUAGUAUGCCAAUUUUUGCACUCUUCUACGCAAUUUGCAGAGUUACAGACAAACAGUUUGCCUAGUGGAAACGCAGCCUUAUAGUUAGAGAAAAUCUAGAGGAAGGCACACAUAGAGGUUGGACAUUGAAAACGGUGAUUUAGGUAAUAAAUUAAAGGGAUACUUACAGGAUAUAUUUAAAGUUAAGUUUCGCAUUUUAAACCUAUUAUAUUUUUUUUAAAUGGUGACUAGACAACACUUUAUUAUUUCAUUUCGUGGAAGCCAUAUUUAUAUUGGUUUAUAUAUCAUUAAAAUGGUUGAAUUUAGUAGUUGAUGAAAGUUGUGAAUUACCUAGAAAUAAGGUGCAUAUUAAUCCUACUAUUGCAUUUUAUGUAUACAAAAAUAUUUAUGAUUAACAUAUUUAUAAAA